AUGUCUAAAACAUCAGCAACUUUCAAACCUGCAUUGAUCCUACACGGAGGUGCAGGAAAUCUUAUACGCGCCACCCUUCCACCGGAACUCUACGCCGCCUAUCACGCCUCGCUACAGUCUUAUCUCCGCUCCACCCAUGCACUCCUCACCAACGGUGCCUCGGCUCUCGAUGCCGCGGUACAUGCCGUAUCCCUAAUGGAAGAUGAUGAGCUCUUCAAUUGCGGACGGGGCAGCGUUUUCACUACAGCGGGGACAAUCGAGAUGGAGGCCUCCGUGAUGGUGACAUCAGUACAGAGUUUGACCGCCAAUCUUGAAGGCACAAUAAAGCGCGGCGCGGGCGUAAUGGGCGUGAAGAAUGUCCGACACCCUAUUCGUCUUGCGCGCGAGUCUCUCCUACGCACUGGGUACCAUGUGGAUGGCAAAAGGAGCAAUGAUGGCGGCUCUUUGCACUCUCAACUACACGGUCCCCAGGUAGAGAAAUUGGCCCGCGAAUGGGGACUAGAGUUCAAGUCCAACGAAUGGUUUUGGACAAAGCGUCGCUGGGACGAGCAUCAGCGGGGGUUGAAGGGAGAGGCGGAGCCCCUCUCACUUAGCCAGGGCACUGUCGGCUGUGUUUGUUUAGAUCGGUGGGGGAAUUUGGCCGUUGCUACCAGCACUGGUGGGAUGACGAAUAAAUUACCCGGUCGAAUUGGAGAUACUCCGACUCUUGGUGCUGGCUUUUGGGCCGAGUCAUGGGAUGAAAUUGUGUCGGAGAAUAAACUAGCUGCGGCAGCAUCUUCUUCCCUGUCAUUUGGAGGUUACUUACAGGAAGCAAAAGGCUGGCUGGCGGACUGUUUGCCUCCCUUCCUGAGGGAUUCCCGUGCUUUAUCCUAUAAGUCUCUUCCAACUGGCUCGCAGAUAGACCGGGCAGACCCUGGCUCCGAAAAGCGCGCCGUAUGUUACGAGGGUCCAUCUGCUCAUACUUCCAAGAAACGUGCUAUGGCAGUGUCAGGAACGGGAAAUGGUGAUUCAUUCCUUCGUGUUGCGGCUGCGCAUACCGUAGCUGCAAUGCUGCGUUUUUCUGCCCCCGGUCUUACUCUGGCUGAUGCUGUUACUGCGGUAGCUGGCCCUGGUGGUGAGCUACAACGUUCUGCUGGACAGCGAUGGAACAUUACUGGCGAGGGCGAGGGUGGCAUUAUCGGCAUUGAAGCCGAUUCCACACCGGCUGCUGGUGGACAAUUGCGCCGGGGCAAGGUCGUUUUUGACUUCAAUUCUGGGGGAAUGUGGCGUGCAUGGAUUGAAGAGGAUAGCAAUGGAAAAGAGAGUGAGAGGAUUAUGGUUUUCCGAGAGGAAUACCAAUAA